GGCGCCACUUCUGGAUUUUGCGAGUUGCCUUGAGUCCGCGUUUCCGGGGCGUCCAGGUGAGGCGCUACUGGACUACAUUUCCCAGAAGGCUAAGGGGGCCUGUUGCUUUUCUCGCCGGAACUCCAGUGUUAGUUCGGAGGGAUGCGAAACCUCUGUCCCCCGAGGAUCCGUCUUAGGUCUGCAGAUUACAAGCCGGCAAGACCUCGAGGGCCUCAGUUGCUUCCGGUGAGUCGAAGAGAAGAGGAGAAAAGAAUGCGCGAUGAACUUCUACAAGUAAUAUCCAAGGGAUCUAUGACGUUCACGGAUGUGUCUAUAGACUUCUCUCAUGAGGAAUGGGAAUUCCUGGAUGCUGGUCAGGUGAAUUUGUACAAAGAAGUAAUGUUGGAGAAUUUUAGCAACCUGGUUUCAGUGGGACUUUCCAAUUCAAAGCCAGUGGUGAUCUCCUUAUUAGAACAAGGAAGAGAACCCUGGGUAGCUGAUGGAGAGGCGAUUAGAGCCCCGUGUUCAAGCUGGAAAUCUGUGGGUGAGACUGAAGACUUUACCCCCAAGCAGGAGCUUUGUCAAGCACAGUCAUCUCAGAAGAUAACAGGAGAACCCGCAGGCACUGGCCAUUUCUACUCCAGCUUGAAAGAAGAGUGCAAACAUGAGGGCAAUUUGGAGAGGCAACUAGGAAAUGAGAAGGCAAGGUGUAAAGAAGAGACAGUCACUUACAAAGAAGCCCUUGUUAACAAACAAGAACAAGAAUUUAACAAAUUUGGGGGAGGUUUCCAUCAGAACACUCUGCUUCCCAUUCAACAGAUAAUUCCCAAACCGGAGAAAGUAUAUAACCAUGACACUCAAAAGAACACCUUUAAAAAAGCUUUUAUGGCUGUUAAGCCCAAAAGUGCCUAUAUAGGGAAGAAAGUUUUGAAAUGCAAUGAUUGUGAAAAGGUCUUCACCCAGAGCUCAUCUCUCACACUUCAUCAAAGAAUUCAUACUGGGGAGAAACCUUAUAUAUGUGCAGAAUGUGGGAAAGCCUUCAGCCAGAGAUCCAACCUCGUCCAGCACCACAGAAUUCAUACCGGAGAGAGACCCUAUGAAUGUAAAGAGUGUAAUAAAGCCUUUAGUCAGAAUGCACAUCUACUUCAGCAUCUGAGGGUUCACACUGGAGAAAAGCCUUAUGAAUGUAAGGUAUGUAGGAAAGCCUUUGGCCAGUUUGCCUACCUUGCCCAGCACCAGCGAGUUCACACUGGAGAGAAGCCCUAUGAAUGCAUUGUCUGUGGGAAAGCAUUUAGCAAUAGAUCCUCUAUUGCCCAGCACCACAGAGCUCACACUGGAGAGAAACCUUAUGAAUGCAAUGUGUGUGGGAAAGCAUUUAGCCUGCGUGCAUACCUUACUGUACAUCAGAGGAUACACACAGGAGAGAGGCCCUAUGUGUGUAAGGAGUGUGGGAAGGCCUUCAGCCAGAAUUCACACCUUGCUCAGCAUCAGAGAAUUCAUACUGGAGAAAAACCUUACAAAUGUCAGCAGUGUAAGAAAGCCUUUAGCCAGAUUGCCUACCUCGCUCAACAUCAAAGAGUUCAUACUGGAGAGAAACCCUAUGAAUGUAUUAAAUGUGGAAAGGCUUUUAGCAAUGACUCAUCCCUCACUCAACACCAGAGAGUACAUACUGGAGAGAAACCUUAUGAAUGUAAUGUAUGCGGGAAGGCUUUUAGUUACUGUGGCUCCCUCACCCAGCAUCAGAGGAUACACACUGGAGAGAGACCCUAUGAAUGUAAAGAAUGCAAGAAGACCUUCAGGCAGCAUGCACAUCUUACUCAUCAUCAGAGAAUUCACAUAGGGGUGGUUCCACCAACAGAGAAACCCCACGUCUGUGGCGAGUGUGGGAAAGCCUUCUGCUACAAGUCUGAAUUCAUUAGACAUCAGAGAAGCCACACAGGGGAGAAGCCCUAUGGAUGCGCUGAGUGUGGGAAAGCCUUCUCCCAUAAAUCAACUCUCAUCAAACAUCAGAGGAUCCACACUGGGGUGAGGCCCUUUGAAUGCUUUUUCUGUGGGAAAGCUUUCACCCAAAAGUCCCACCGCACAGAGCACCAGCGAACGCAUACAGGAGAGAGACCCUUUGUAUGUGCCGUGUGUGGGAAGUCGUUUGGUGAGAAAUCGUAUCUCAGUGUCCAUCGGAAGGUGCACACAGGAGAAAGACCUCAUCGUUGCAAAGAAUGUGGGAAAUGCUUCAGCCAAAAGUCAUGUCUCAACAAACACUGGAGGACCCAUACAGGAGAGAAACCCUAUGGAUGCAAUGAGUGUGGCAAAGCUUUCUACCAGAAGCCAAAUCUCAGCAGACAUCAGAAAAUUCAUGCUAGGAAGGCAGCCUGCAGAAGCGGGAACCUCACUGGAGGAAUGCCGUGAUCAACAACAGGAGUACUGUCAGCUGGGUGCGGGUGGCUCACACUUGUAAUCCCAGCUACUCGGGAAUCUGAGAUCAGAGGACCAAAGCCAGCCCGGGCAGGGAAGUUUGUGAGACUCUCAUCUCCAAUUCGC